CUUCAAAAAUUUUUUCAUAAAUGGUACGAUGUCUAUAACUACUAUUUCAGACAUGGAAUUCUCUAUGGUAUAGACGUCACAUGUUUUGAAGCGUCAUCGCACAUCGGUGGUCUGUGGAGAUACAGAGAGGAGGAAACAGACUAUUCGUGUGUUAUGAAAUCAACUGUUAUCAACACAUCAAAAGAGAUGACAGCAUAUUCGGACUUCCCGCCAGAAGCAGGAAUGGCGAAUUUUAUGCACAACACGGAAAUGUAUCGAUACCUUCAUUUGUAUGCUGAUCAUUUUGAACUGAAGAAGUGCAUCAAAUUCAAUCAUAAGGUCAUUCAAAUAUCUCGAAGCAAUGAUUAUUUAGAGUCAGGACAGUGGACAGUCAAAUACGAGGACGAAUUCGGCAACCAUUCUUCCGAGGUGUUCGACGGAGUGUUGUUGUGCUGUGGUCAUCAUGCUAUUCCGCGUUUACCAUCACCAUGGCCUAAUCAGGAGCGAUUUAAGGGGCGGAUCAUUCAUUCGCACAGUUACAGAAGUCACAAAGGUUAUGAAGAUAAAAUAGUCGUGAUCGUUGGUAUCGGAAAUUCAGGCGGUGAUUUAGCAGUGGAGUUGAGUAGAGUCGCCAAACAGACUUAUCUUUCUACACGUCGUGGAACAUGGGUGUUUAAUCGGAUAUAUGACUACGGUGAACCAUUCGAUUUGGCACUGAAUCGGUACGAGAACUUCUGUAACUGCAAAUUGUGCACUUCUGUAGUAGAUCUGUUUGCAGUACAAUUUAACGAUGGAGGUUAUCAGAAAGUUUUCAGGAGAUAUUUACAACACAUUCAAGGGCUGCUUCCACAAUGUCUGGUAAAUACGUUCGUGGAGAGCAAAUUGAAUAAGCGUUUCGAUCAUGAACGUUACGGACUAAAACCAAAGCAUCGAAUAUUUAGCCUCUGUGCGAAAAAUCCGAUUCAGGUUUUGUUGGCCACUGGAUUCAAUUUUCACUUUCCCAUUGUCGAGAACGGCGAAUUGAUUCCUGUGCACGAAAAUGUUGUCGAACUCUACGAAUACAUGUUUCCUAUAGAAACUUCUGAUCACAACUCACUUGCAGUUAUUGGCCUUAUUCAGCCGGUUGGUUCCAUAAUGCCAAUCUCAGAAAUGCAAGCACGUGUAUUUUACGAAAAUCUCUUCGGGUCGAAGAAAAUUCCCGGAAAAGACAAGAUGAAAAAGUGGAUUCGAGAAAAACAAGACAAGAUGAGAGCACGUUAUGUGAAAAGUCCAAGGCAUACCAUACAGGUCGAUUACAUCGCAUACAUGGAUGAGCUAGCUAAUAUAGUUGGAUGCAGGCCGAACAUCGCAAAACUCGUCCAGUUUGAUCCACUUUUGGCAUAUAAGAUUUACUUUGGUCCUUGUGUACCGUAUUUCUACCGUUUACACGGCCCCCAUGCGUGGAGUGAUGCUCGCCAUGCAAUAAUGACAGUUGAUGAACGAGUCCUUCAGGUAGGAGAAUUCAAUAGAAAGUGA